UUAAAAAUUAAAAAAUCUCUAACAAAUGAUUAAUUUUUCUCUAACCAUUUCUAUUACCAACAAUUAGAAAUGUCAACAAUUAAGUCAACUAAUCAAUCUUCAUUAAAUGAAUCUAAUUACCAUUACUACUUUUACAAGACUGAACAAUUAACUUUUCUUUGUAUAUUGUUCAUAAUUAUUCUGGUUGGUAAUGUUUCCGUUUUAAUUACGUUAAUCAUCUCGAAGAAACGUAAAAGCAGAAUGAAUUUUUUCAUCAUGCAUUUAGCGAUUGCAGACCUUUUGGUUGGCUUGAUUAGCGUACUGACCGAUAUAAUUUGGCGAUUGACCGUUGACUUUUACGGAGGUGAUUUAAUGUGUAAAGUUAUUAAAUUUUCAUCGGUUCUGGUAACUUACUCAUCGACUUACGUUUUGGUUUCUGUCUCGAUUGACCGUUACGAUGCUGUUACGAAUCCUCUUAAUUUUUCAACAAGUUGGUCUCGAGCUCGUCGAUUGGUUAUAAUAUCUUGGAUUUUGAGUUUUCUAUUUGCUAUUCCAUCAGCAUUUCUAAAUUCUGAAACUGAGGUUAAGGGUCACAUCCAAUGUUGGAUCACUUUGACCCCAUUGGGUUGGCGUUUAUAUUUGACCUUAAUCGCAUUCACCUUGUUUUUUAUUCCAGCGAUUAUAAUUACUGUUUGUUAUUGUACAAUUGUUCACGUUAUUUGGUCAAAAAGUAAUUUAAUCACUGAGAAUCAUCAUGAAAAUUACUGUAAAUCAGAAACCAUGGAGAAAAUAUUGUCACCUUUAUCAUCUUCAUCUUCAUCAUCACAACUCCAACAAUCAAAAUAUCCUAAUUCAGAUUAUAAAGCAAUUAACUUGAUGACCAGUGAAGAUGAUGUAAGUAUAAUGAAGAGCCAAGUUUCAUCUCGAGGAGUAAUUCCAAAGGCAAAGAUCAAAACAAUUAAAAUGACAUUGGUAAUUGUGUUAGUUUUCAUCCUUUGCUGGUCCCCAUACUUUGUAUGGGAUUUGCUUCAAGUCUACGGGUUCAUACCAAACAAUCAAACUACUGUGGCGAUAUCAACAUUCAUACAAUCAAUGGCUCCACUAAAUAGUGCUGCUAAUCCAAUUAUCUAUGGUCUUUUUUCAACCUCACUUUGUAAACGAAUCAAAUCAAGAUUGUGAACAAUUAGCAAC